GUCUUCGUCCGCCAGGUGUCGCUAACAUGGUGAGAGACUUUAGUUUGACAGAAGAAGAAGCCCCGUGUCCUUCACAACAGCAAACAUGGCGACUGCUACCAAAAUUAUCCAGAGGCUCCGAAAUAUUCUUUCGGGGCACGACCUGCAAAGCAAACUCCAGCUGAGAUAUGGGGAGAUUGCAAAGAGGACACAGCCACCACCCAAACUUCCAGUAGGCCCGAGCCACAAGUUUGCCGGCAACUACUACUUCACCAGAGAUGGACGCAGAGAGUCCGUUCCCGCCACUGUCAUUAUGUCUUCUCAGAAGGCUCUCACCGCCGGCAGUCAAGUUGCUGAAGUCCCUAAGCCUGGUGUGACCCCGGGGGCUUUAUAUAGGGAGCCAAUACUCUCCACGGACGAGCCGUACCUCUGAGCAGCAGGAUUACCUCCCUCAACACCAACAAUUUAAAUCCUCCAUCCACACCUGCUUUAGAGGCCUGCCCACUGCCUGUGUCCUGUACAAUAAGAAAUGUGAAUAAAAUGUCUUCUAUUUA